CACUCUUUCUUGCUCUUCCUCAAAACCAAUUGAACUCACUCUCCAUCACAACCAUGCAGGCCAGAGAAGCACCAGGACUCAAUUAUAUGCUCCCUUCAAACCCACCUCCUUAUCCAGCUAACUACACCAUGAUUCAGAACAACAUUCCCACAUUCCAAUUCCAAAGAUUCUCUAACCAAUUGUUUCAAGUACCAGAUUUCAGUCCUCAAUCCUCAUGUAUCAGCAGCAAUUCCACUUCUGAUGAAGCAGAUGAGCAGCAACAAGGUCUGAUCAAUGAGAGGAAACACAGGAGGAUGAUAUCAAACCGAGAAUCAGCGCGGCGAUCGCGCAUGAGGAAGCAGAGGCACCUUGAUGAGCUCUGGUCACAGGUGGUUUGGCUCAGGAAUGAGAAUCACCAGCUACUUGACAAGCUGAGCCAUGCCUCAGAGAGCCAUGAUCAAGUGGUUCAAGAGAAUGCUCAGCUGAAAGAGGAAGCUUUAGAGCUUCGCCAAAUGCUAAGGGACAUGCAGAUACACAGUCCCUGCCCUUCCUUUGCCCCUCUUGAAGAUGCCUAUCUGAGAUCUGAUUCUCCAAACCAAUCCAUCUCAAGUUCCAUGGACCUGCUUGGUUAAUUUGAAAACAAGCUAGGCCAAAAUUUUCUCUGCCUGGUUUCACAAUUUGCACAGAAUCCAAUACAAGUUUAUUCAUAAGCUAAGACUUUCAGUUGCAGCUUCCAACUAGAAGCGAUUCUAGAGCAUUUCGUCGUGGAACCAAACAUGUUUUUAGUCUUCUUCUUUUUUUCACUUUUGGUUUUUCUAUCUCUGUGGAAGUUAAAAGUAGCAGCCUUUUACUUGUAUGGUUGGAAGGUAAAUGGCAAUAACAUGUCUUUUGAAUAUCA